AUGUCAUCAUACAAAGCUUUGUUUAAGGAGCUCGUGAAAGAACUCGAGAUCAUCGCAGGAAACUCAAUGAAGGUGAGGAGAAAGGAUGCGGUGUCGAACCAGGGUAAAAUCAUCCAGUACCUUGAGAACAGCUCGGGUGCCAAGUUGUCUGCUGAGAAGUUGAAAACUAUCCAAGCUGAGGUUGAGAAACAGUCGAUUCAGCCACGUGCGGAUCCAGAACUCUUGAAAAGACUCGUCAAGGAGGAGGCUGUUGCCAAUGAGAGAGAUGUUCGUCAUCUGAGCAACGUGGUUGCCUUUCUGUCCAGUCAAAGAGUAUACUGCGAUUUACUGGAGAGAUAUAAUCCAGGAAUCAGCAUGAAACAGGAGGACAAGGUGAGAAAGACUGCUAGACGUGUGGGUUUGGAUGUGCCGGAAUGA